AUGUUGACAGUGUGCGGAGAGCUGGAGAUCCUGGACGUUCUGCUGGAGGCAGGGGCCAACCCGUCAACCCCAGACAUCCACGGAGCCUACCCGGUCCACUACGCAGCACAGAUGUGUGGACCCAACUCCGAGAUGGCCACGGACGUGCGCGUGGGACUGGCGGCGCUAAAGAAACUGGUGGACGCUGGAGUGGACGUUACGGUCACAGAUCAGGAUGGACGACAGCCACUGCUCUGGGCGGCGUCCGCAGAAACGCGUCCGUCCAAGACGUACUGCGCCUCGGGCAGCGCCGAUGCUCUGGUCACACUGGUCAACAGCGGCGCCAGCGUGUCGGCAGGGGACAAGGAUGGACUCACUGCGCUGCACUGCGCGGCCAGCCGCGGUCACACCGACUGCAUCGACACGCUGAUCUCGCUGUGCGGCGCCGACGUAGACGUCAUCGACGGUAACGGCUGCACGCCGCUCUUCUACGCCGUCACUCUGGGCCACGCCGACUGCACCGAGCUGCUGCUCAAGAGCGGCGCCGAGCCCAACCGGCAGGACCGCAAGGGGCGCACACCGGCGCACUGCGGGGCCGCCAAGGGUCAGAUUGAGACGGUGAAGCUGCUGGGUCGUCACCGGGCCAACCUGUGGAUCCGAAAUGUGAAGGGCGACCAGCCACUGCAUGAGGCAGUCCAGUCGGGCAGGAAGGAACUCGUCAGGUGGCUGUUACAGCAGCGCCCGGAAGCGGUAAACCAGCCGAAUAACGACGGCAGAUGUCCCCUGCACACAGCCGCCAUUACAAACAAUAUCGAAAUGUGCAAGGUUCUGAUGGACCUUCACGCGCACGUCAACCCCAUCAUGCGCUCCAGCAAGGGCCAGCUGAUGACGCCGCUGGACUCGGCUCUGUACCGGGGUAACCAGAGCUGCGCCAAGUACCUGCAGCUACACGGAGGUGCGCCGGCCAGCACGCUGACAGACCAGAGCUCGCUCGUCAAGGCGCUGCAACACGGCGCCCUGCCGGAGGGGCAGACGGGUCGGGCGUUCGUGGUCACCCCGGACACCUACCUGCACCUCUCCGGAGACGAGUCUGUGUCCGUUCCGGGCACCCAGAGACGCUCCGAGAUCACCACCGCCGCCAGCUCGCCGCUACCGGCGCCCGUCGGAGUCAUACCGCCGUCCCCCGGUGACGUCACACGCGCCGCCAGUGACGUCACCGAGGGCGGGAUGCAGACCGACCGUCGCAGCACGGAACACAUGGGCGUGCAGGUGGAGAUGACCGAUCGCCUCGAUAUUCCCGACUCCAGCUCCAAGGGACGUCGACAUGAGCCCAAGUCCAGGCAUCGGCAGCGGCAUCACCACGAGACCGAGGAGGUGCAUAUUCGACAGUUCCGGGACCCCAGCGACCCUCCGACCGACAGCAGCGCGCGACGGCGUCAUCCGGGCACCCUGAAAAUUCGAGAGGAGAGUGAAGAUGACGUGCAAAACGUGGAAGUACGGGACGGCAGGGGCGACCGGCGGAGACGGUACAGCAGCGAGGGCGAGUACAGCAGCGACGGCGGCCGGCGACACCGGCGACACCUGAGCAGCGACAGUGCCGCCUGGGCAGCCAGCCACGGCCGCAGCCGGCGGCGGCACGGCGAGCACAGCUACGACCGCCACUGGCGUCGGCGCCGGGACGACGGCGACGGCUGGGAGUGGCGCACCGAUCGCCGGCGGCGGCGGCGGCACCGCUCUAGCGACCCGUCCGACGACGGCUCGUGGCGCGGCAGCGUGGCCUCCGAGCGGCCGUCGGCGCUGCGGCACAGCCGCGCAGAGGAGCGCUGGUGGCCCCGCUCAGAGUCCUACGACUCCUCAGACGACCCGGACGAGCGGACCGUGUGGCGGAGCCGCGGCGAGACGCGCGGCCGACUGGUGUCCGGACCGGAGGACGAGCUCGAGGGGGUCAGGUCCCGGCGCCGGGUGGUCGAGGAGGGUGUCAGCGGCCGCCUCAGCCCCACUGAGGAGAGACUGGUGCGGAUGAAGGCUGGGGCCGUGGUGCACGCGGCCGGCGCUGCCGCAGACGGCGAGGAGGGUUCCCUUCGCAUGGACUCGGGGAUCGCCAGUGAGGAGUUUGUCGUGAGGCUUCGAGCGGAGGAGGAGGCAGCCUCGGUGUCAGACGUGCCGCCGCGGAGAGCAGACAGUAGCGGAGAGACCAACGUCAAAGGAGCGGUGAUUACCACCACAGCUGAGGUGCAUCGCACUGAGAGUUACGACACAAACGGAGGUGAUGAAGUGGCAAAAGAUGGUAGUAACAGUAAGACCAAAAGUCAGUUACAAAACGGCGUGAAUAGUGGCAUGCGUUCUGGUGAACUUGUGGACAGUCCCGACGGAGAAUCUCAAGAAGAGGAUCAAAAUGAAAGUCUGGAACAUGCUGGAGAUGGCGACGAAGCACAGUCUACAAAAGCGAAAUCAUCUCCACGGAAAAAGGCAAAAGAUACCAAUGCAGCAGAAAUAACAUCCUCCAAAAGACGUAAAAAGAAACAGGCUGAAGAUCCAACACAAGCAGAAAAUCCACCUACCAACUCUGAAUCAAGUCGAAACCCUGCAGAUCACGAGCCCUCUGACCAGCAUCUAAAUGGGGACAUCAACGAAGGGACUGAAGACAGGCAUAAUGCAAAAGGUUCUCUCUCUAAAAACAAAGUAGCUUCAGCCAAUGGACAUCGGUCCGAGCAAAGGAAAAAGCAAAGCUCCAAAGAAUCCACAACAACAAAGAGUGUAUCAGGUGCCGCAGAUAAAGGUAAAGAUCGGCAUACAGGCAAAUCAAGAAAAUCGCAAGAAGAAUCUGACAAGUUACCAUCGUCUAAGUCCCUAAGCAAAUCAUCUUCAAAAGAGUCGAAAGGGAAACCUUCAACCUCACCUCGCAAGACGGACUCUCUCGACUCAUACGGACAACAUAAAUCUAUAGAUCACCACAAGGCAGAAUCCUUCGAUUCCAACGCCGAACAAAGCUCCCAAGACCCACCUUCUAAACAAGAUUCUCUUGAUUCCACCAAUCAGCGUCUGAACAAUGGAAAUGCCACCGAAGCUGAGUCAUCACCCUCUGUUGGUCGUCGUCAUCGCCAUAACCCCUCCGAAAACGCCACAGAGCAGAACUCAAACACAAGCCAAGAUGCUGACCAGAACGGUGACCAUGGAGGUGAGCCUAACGGCGAUAUAAACAGCGAGUCCUCUUCAGGGAGUGACCCGGGCUCGACCCACGCGGGUCGCUCGGGUCACCGCUCUCGCCUGCCGGUUCCCAUAGGCCCCUCCCAGACUGUGAGGAGGACCGGCCGCGGGCGACGGAAACCCCCCGAUCAGGAGCGGUUCGCGCAGGCCGGCAAAGUCGGCACGCUGGAGAGGGACCUGACCCAGCUGGGGCGGCCGCAGCAGGACAGGACCGGGUCAGAGGUGCUCCCCUGGCCCGGACGCGCCACCGGCAACCCGCUCAGGUUCCAGGCGGAAAAGCGCAUUUUCCAGGACCUGCUGGAGCUGAAGCGGGUGCAGAUGCGGGCAGUCAGGACCAAUGAGGAGGCGUUCGUGAGGCGGCUGUCGGACAACUUCAACCUGGGGGUGAUCCGACUGGGGCUGGCGCGGUACACGGGGCCGCUCACCUACCGCGACUACGAACAGUACCUGAACGACCAGGUGCGUCGCCUCCAGUCGCCCUCCCGCCCCUCCCGUCGUCUGCGACGCGCCGAUGACCUGGCGCGCAUACAGCGCAGUCAGCGCCACCACGGCUCGACGGGCACCGACGCGCUCAACUGUCAUCAGAGCACGUAUCGGUGCCACCACGCGGCUCACGCCUACACGGGCGUCCCGUGCGCUGCCUACAGUGAGUACCACGGCGCGGCGGAGGGGGCGCGGUCGGCGCGCGGCCUGCCCUAUAUACCCUGCGGGAAAUGUCACCAUAAUAGGGAGUCAGUCAACAAGCCCGGCCAGUCGGGCCCGCAGAAGUCACCGGGGCGCACCCAGCUGCCGCGGAUCGAGUCAGCCGCCUCCCGACCCUCGGCCGGGCACACCGCGGGUCCGGUGGGGCCGCUGCGUCUCGAGCUGAACGGCGGCGCCCAGCGGCACACCGUCGAGCUGCCGACGGCGCCCCUCGACGGCAAACGACGCUACCAGGUGUCGUUCAGCGUCCGGCCCGCCGGUACCGACGGGGGAGGUCAGGGAGGGAGGGACAGGCGUCACAGCGUGGACGGACAGACCCGGCCGGCCAGUCCCCCAGCGAACGGCGGUGACGGCGGGCCCCACCACACCCACGCGCUCUCCUUGUGA